AUGACAGAUCAAGAUAAUUCCUAUCGACCAAGAUCUCCCGACCUUUCCACCCUCCAGCCCACCAUCUCCCCCUCCGUCAACGAGCCUAUCUAUCAAUUCACGAGUCCGCUCGCUCAUCGCGCCUCCUACGACGCCUCUCCAUUCUUCACCGCGCCUUACCAGCAAUCUCCUAUUACUCCCAGCAGGAUCCCCCAGCAAUACGUUCCUCCUUAUUCCGAUCCUACCUUUGAUCCCGACAUGGCCCGUCGUUCGACUCGCAUCGCGCGUUCCUCGGAGGUCGCACCUAUGCCGGAAGCCAAAUUUAUGGAGCCUCUCCUCCCUGAGGAGCCCCCCAAACCGACUCCGGCAGCGGGGGUCGAGGUGAAGACGAAAUUCCCGGUGGCGCGCAUCAAGCGCAUCAUGCAGGCCGAUGAGGAUGUCGGUAAGGUCGCGCAGGUGACUCCCAUUGCAGUGUCCAAAGCACUCGAACUCUUUAUGAUCUCCCUCGUUACCAAAGCGGCCAAGGAAGCCAAAGACCGCAAUUCGAAACGCGUAACAGCUUCCCACCUCAAACAAGCCGUCGCAAAGGAUGAAGUACUGGAUUUUCUAGCCGAUAUCAUUGCCAAAGUCCCCGACCAACCGACCGGAAGGAAACAUGAAGACGAUGGGAGUGAUCAGAACGAGCAACCGAAACGAAAGCGGGGAGGUCGGCGACCCAAAGACGAAAGCGAUUAA